AUGAACGUCCAAUACUUUAUGCUCUUUGGAUUAACAGUGUGUGGUUUGUCCGAUGCGUUGUCAACUGAUGAGUUGGAUGAAUUUAAAAAUGAUGUUAUCAUCAAGGAAAAUGCGAACGGCUACAAAUAUAGGAUAUCUUUGAAGAACGAUAAUAAGAUGAAAUAUGGUAUAUUGGCUAAUCCUAUACUUUCAAAGACCCCGGGUUGCACUGUAACAGACUCACCUAUAGGUGUCUCUCCAGAGGGCGUCAUUUUUAACCGCAAUGACGUCAUAUCGACUAGAAAUACCAUAGAUGUAUUUAUUGGUGUUGCAUUCGAUGGGUAUCCAAUUUAUGGAUCAUUUUCUUCUGAUCUUGGAAGAGUCGUAAGCCCUGAUGACGUAGAUGCGUGCAAUGGAAGGGUGCAAAGCGAUGGUUCGUAUAGAUAUCACAGGAUCAAUACGUUUCCACAUCUGAUUGGUUGUUUUAGGGGUGUCGUCAUUGACAGACGUGGGGUUAUGACAUCAUAUACGUGCAAAAUUGAUGGAAGUCCAACCCUAUGCACGUGCGAGGAUCACCUCAAUUCGAUGUUGCGCAGAAAUAAGAAAAAAGCCUUCAAGAAAAGAGUCAAGGAAAUCGUUAAAAAAGUUGUCUUGCAGAUAUUACAAAAUGACUGGCAGAUUCAUAUUGGAAAUUCUGAUGAAGAUAAACUCAACGCUUAUGAACUCAUUUCAGAGGUUGACAUCCCAAAACUUGUAGAGGAAGCAAUAGAUAAUAACCAUUGGCCCAUAGGAGCAAAUGACGAUGUCCCACCACCACCAAAAAGAAUUCCAACCAAAGAUGACCCUAGGAGGUAUCACAUCGGUAAACUUAGAACAUUGAAAAUCAAACGCCCGAAUAAAAAUAAUAAUUGAACGCCUUGGAGUAAAUGUUAAAGAAUGUAUAACCGUUACUUCGUGCCAACCAACUACCAAGCAAAUCAUUAACAUUCGGACUACAGUUCGAAAAAACAG